AUGUUUAAAUCUCCUCCAACACCCAAAGGCCCCGAGGUUGUCAUAGACCUGCGGCUCAUCAUUGCAGCAAAUUAUAAACUAAGCAGCAGCAGCAGCAGCAGCAGCAGCAGCAGCAGCGAGUGCAGUGAGAACGACAGCAGCAACACCAACGAUAUCAGCAACAAUAUACACAAUGGAAGCAACACUUGCAGCAGCAGCAGCAGCAGCAGCACAGCUGAUGCAGCAGUCAGCGCUAUCACCACCAAGGACGGAAGCAGCAGCAGCAGCAACAGCAGCAGCAGCAGCAACAGCAGCAGCAGCAGCAUGUUGUGUUUAUCAGAUUUUCUUUUAGAUUGCAAUCUGCAGU